ACCCCGGCACCGGCACCUCCGAGACUCCCCGGCUCCGGACCGGGCCCGGCCCAGCAUGGCGGGCGGCAGAGCCGGGCCCCGGCGGCCGCCCAUGAGCUUGGCCGAGGCGGGCCCGGGCACGGAGAACGAGCGGCUGGGGCUGGUCCGGCUCAGCAUGCUGCGGAACCCGCUCAUCAUCAAGCCAGAACUUGGAAAGCCCAUGAGAAACUGCUACUCCCUGCCAGGCCCUGAUUUUACCUAUGGGAUAUACAUGCACAAGAGAGAUGGAGGAGUCCCUGAAGCCAUAGGCCACUGGGACUCGGUGAAGGCCAAGUCUCAGCCCCACAAAAGGGUCAUGCCCCGGGAUUUCGUGGCCAUGGGCCGUGCGGCCGUGGACGAGGGCUGCACCACAGCCCGGGAGUUUGCUCUGUACUACAAGCACAUGGACAUCCGCUGCAAGGACAAGGGCAUCCUCACAUAUGGGGGCAAGGCACCUCCAGGCAUGACCUUUGGCAAGCCACCACGGCCUUCCACUCCCCUUUUUGACAUCAUGCAACACAGAUACAAGGAGCUGUGGAUGGAGGAGCAGAGAGCCCGGACUAGAGUCCAGCACAUGGUGAAGAAAAAGAAGUGGCAUCCAGAGACGAGGGACAGCUCACUUUGCACAUCUUCUGCAGAUUUUCCACACUCCUCCUCUCUCAUUGCCCUACCCUGGAAGGUCGGCGAGGUGCGCGAGAACCGCACCACGUUCCUGCGCACGCACCCGCUGCCCGUGAAGGAGGAGUCCUUCUGGCACCCCCGGCGCUACGAGAAGGCUGAGCCUCGUCUCAGGACUUUUCCAGACCCUGAAUCCCGUCAAAAGGCUCUCAGUGCCUCCCACUGAGGAGUGCCUGUGAGCUGUCCCCUUCCCCAGAGGGCCCCCACAGCAAGGAUGGUGCUGGGCACAGCCCUUGGACCCUGGCAUUCCACAUGCAACAGACUUUCAGGUUUUACAGAGUUAUGCUAAUGCAGAUAUAGCCAAAUAAAUCAUAAAUAUAAGAGGAA